CGGUCUGAGAGCAGGGGUCGGGAAAGCGCCAUGGCUGCGUCGCGGAUCGCCGCGGUGAAUAAGGCAGGGGGCUUGAAACUGGGAUAGAAUGUGGUUUCUUAGUUUAAAAAACGUGUAUCUUUUCAUAGAAAUGAUAAAAUGAAAAAUCUGUUUGAAAGACACCAGUGUCUACUUGUUUACUGCAGUGACUAACGUAACCUCACGUCGGUAGUAAAAGUUUUUAGAGCGUAACGGAUUGUAUCCAACUAAAGCUCAAUUCAAGGUUGGACUCAUUUGAAUUAAUGAAUAUGACUCGCUUGCGGCUGUUAAUUUCAGUGGCUCUCCUCUUUCAGUUGAGCUGAGUUGGGUGCAACUCAACGCUUCAGCUUCUGCCACAAAAGGCAAAAUGUUAUGCUUUAAGAGUUCUAAUAUUUCUGCUGCAUUAAAACAACAAGGCAUUCUUUGCCACCUUAAAGACUAACAAACGUUGUUGUUUCAGAACCACCUAUUAGAGUGGACUUGUAGUCCAUGAAAGUUUAUGCCAGAAUAAAUAUAUAUAUAUAUAUAUAUAUAUAUAUAUAUAUAUAUGUUAGGAUUGUAUCCAGUGCUAUCUCUACACAGAGCAGACCCACUGAAAUGAAUAAACAUAACCAAUUCAAGCCCAUUAGUUUUAUUGGGCCUACUCAGAGCAAGACAUGGAUUUCCUUUGCUUUUAAAGUACAGUGGUACCUCGGGUUAAGAACUUAAUUCGUUCUGGAGGUCCGUUCUUAACCUGAAACUGUUCUUAACCUGAGGUACCACUUUAGCUAAUGGGGCCUCCUUCUGCCGCCGUGUGAUUUCUGUUCUCAUCCUGAAGCAAAGUUCUUAACCCGAGGUACUAGUUCUGGGUUAGCGGAGUCUGUAACCUGAAGCGUCUGUAACCUGAGGUACCACUGUACCAUGAUACUCAUGGACUAACAUGACUGUUCCUGUGGAAUAUUUUAUGUUAGUCACUGUAAUAAAUAUAUUACCAAACAGUAUAAUCCUUAACAAUGUCAACUCACAAGAAAGUCCUAUUGUGUUCAGUAGUGCUGACUCCCACAGAGGUGGGCUUAGGGUUUUAGCCUUAAUGAUUAACAGUAUGCUGGGAUUCAAAACAAAAUUGUCUCAUGUACUGUUUGAUGGGGUGGGGGCUGUCAGAUGUGGGCAGAUGUCAUGAGUCAGGAGUAUAGGGGGAGGGGAGCUGGUUACUGCCUUUUGGCUCCAUUCCUCUCCAGCCUCCUCUUCUGCCUCAGUCUGGACUGCUCUCUGCCCCAUGUCGCUUCCUGCUCACUAAAGCCUGUUGCCUCUUCUCCCUCUGACCAUGCAUCGCUGCCCCCCUGGCUCUGAGCCUUCUUCCCCAGUUCUCUGCAUCAAGCCAGCCCAUGACAGCAGGUGGGGGGAAAUCCAAAUUUGCUCUCUUCCUUCUCCAUGUAGGCUACUGCUGAGUUUCCUUCUUGCAGGGUUCAAAAACAAAGGCCUCAGAUGAAGGGGAUGCUCCUCCAGCCAAGAAAGCCCCGAUUUUCUAUGGGAGCUUGGAGGAGAAAGAGCGAGAACGUCUCCUCAAAGGGGAGUCUGGGUUGAUGGGCAAGGAUGCAGUCAAAGCAGCUAUUGAGGCUGGCAACAUCAAUAUCACCAGUGGUAAGAGAUGGUAGUGAGCUGACUGGGAGAUGGAAGGAAAAGGAUGGAGGGAAGAACUGCUUAGUGGGGCUGAUAAUUUGUUUAGAAUGCUUGUAAGCAGGCCAUUUUCAGCAAAUGCUCUCAGAGAAGCUCACAGUUCAAUACUAAAAUUACAAUUAAAUCAGGAAGUCCUUUAAAACAAAUCACACUAAAGCAUUACACAGCAUAAUGAGAUUAAACAAGAUGCUGACAUAAAACCACAUGCAAGCAAAUAAGGCAUUCACUUGGUGCUGACAGAAUGCCACAACUAAGAAGCCUGUGUCAUUGUCCACCAUACUUCCAAGGGUGGUAGGACCUAGAAUAUAUCUUAAUGUUUGGGUGGGUUCAUGUGGGAACAGGUAAUCUUUCAACUAGCCUGGCCCCAACCCAUUUGGGGCUUUGUAGGUCAAAAUCUGCACUUUGGCUUGAGCUUGGCAAUGAACUUUAAUCCAGUGUAUCUCUUUAGGACAGGCAAAAUAGGUUCCAUAUGACCAGUCCCAUUUAUUUGCUUUAACUGUAGUUUCCAAGCAAUCUUCAAAGACAGCCCCAAGUACAGCGCGUUAUAGUAAUCAGUCCAUGGAUAAAUGUGACCAGGCUAUCUUUAUCCCAGGGAUGCUAUCAGUUAUACAUACAGUAGUACCUCCAGUUACAAACCUAACCUGUUCCGGAGGUCCGUUAGUAACCGGAAACCGCUCGUAACAUGAAGCGCGCUUCCGCUAAUAGCACCUCCCGCUGCUGCCGCACCGCCAGAGCGUGGUUUCUGCUCGCAUCCCGGGGCAAAGUUCACAACGAGGGGCAUCUGCUUUCGGGUUAGUGGAGCGCGUAACCCGAAGAAUUCGUAAGGGGGACGGUUCGCAACAUGAGGUACCACUGUAGUUCUUUACAGGAGAAAGCAAGCAAGAGACAAAUCCCUGCCCUGAGGUCUUUAUAAUUUAAAUCUAGAUAGGGGUAGCAAGAAGCAAAAAACUAGAUGAGAAGGAGUGUCACAGGUGGCAGCAGAUCAAUGUGGGUACACUCUGCUUAGGUUUCGUUUCAGGGGAACAAAUGGUUGUUGGCUAGCUCCUGCGCAUCUGCAGAUCCUAUUUGUUCCCUCUGGAUAUAAAAAUGUGUACUGCCAGUGGCCAUAAGAGAUUGUGCUCUCUUACCCCCCCCCCCCAGCAAUACAUUAAUUACAUUGUGCCUUUGUAUGAAUUUUGAUUUUAAGCCAUUUGGGGAGCCAGUUUUGGCUGAAAAGAGGGAUGUAGAUCAAAGCCUUAAGCCACAGGCCUCACUGAUAACAUAAGCUUUGACCUGGACACUCAAGGAGCAGAGAGCAUAUACCACAUAUUGUUGCUCUUUGAAUGUGGCUUCAUUGGAAUGAAGUGAGGCUUUGUAGGGUCCUGUUGGGGUUGUAUUUCCUAUAACCUUUGGCUUUCUACUAUGAUCAGGUGAAGUUUUUGACUUGGAAGAGCACAUCAGUGAGCGCCAGGCAGAGGUCCUGGCAGAGUUUGAGCGCCGGAAGCGUGCCAGGCAAAUCAAUGUUUCCACAGAUGACUCUGAGGUCAAGGGCUGCUUACGAGCCCUCAGGGAGCCCAUCACACUUUUUGGAGAGGGCCCUGCAGAAAGGAGGGAGAGGUGAGAGAGGAUGAAAUUGAAUUGCUCUCACUUCCUUUUCCAGUUCAUUGAUGUGACUCAUAUAAACAAAGGCAAGUUAAUCUUCACUUUAUUUCUCAACAGGCUACGUAACAUUCUGUCUGUGGUUGGCACAGACGCAUUGAAGAAGACCAAAAAAGAUGAUGAGAAGUCCAAGAAAUCAAAAGAGGAGGUAAUAAGUGACAGCAGCUCUGGGGUUUCAAAUGGGAGUCUUCACAAACCCUGGGAGCUCACACUUUCCCACUGAGCUCCGACCUUUCCCCUUAGCUAUAAAUGUGUGCCCACUAUACUACCCAAGUCUCACAAGAGAUACCCACCCCUUUAAUGUUUCAUUUCUCUUAGUAUCAGCAAACCUGGUACCACGAAGGACCAAAUACCUUGAAGACGGCCAGACUGUGGAUCGCCAACUACUCCCUCCCUCGGUAAGGGGCUGGGAUUGAGAAAUGCUAACGCAAACAUUGAUGAGGCCUUGUAUAUCUAUUGUCCCUAACUAGAGUGGUGGUGAUGGUUGAGAAAUGGGGGAUUUCAAACCCACCUCAAAAGACAGAUGGCACGUGGCAGAAGAAUUGUCACCAUUACAACUUGUAGGCCUCUGCAAGGGUUGAAUAUGGGCAAGACCUGGUUGCAUUAAUUUUUGUUCCCUUCACAGGGCAAUGAAUCGAUUGGAGGAAGCCUGGCUGCUCAAGGAGGUCCCUGAGGCCACACGGACUUCCCAGAAACAGGAGCUGCACAAAUCUCUAAGGGUAAGUGGGACCCAUCUCUGCUAUGACUUAAAAGUUCUGGGCACUGGGCUGCUGCAGCCCAGAAGGCCCCCGAGAUGCGGAGGUUCAAAUGAGCUUGCAGAAGGCUUCUGUGCCUCUGCUCCUCCUCAGCAUAAUUCAAUGGUAGAUCAAAUGCUUUGCAUGUGGAUGAUCCCAGGUUUACUCCCUGGCAUCUCCAUCUCCAAAGACACCUGGACAAGGAAAGAUCUCUGCUGGUUGCUUGGAAUUCAGCUGCCAGUUCAGAGCACGUAACAUUGCACUAAAUGGGUCCAACAAUUCAGCUCAGUAGAAAACACUACUGGGGGUGAGGUGGGGGAGCAGCCUGGGCAGGAAACGUCAUCUCUUUUCUUUACCAUCUCAGCGCCAUCUCAUUUUAGUGAGCCCUUCAGUUCCUCUGGUGGCAAAAUAUUAUCUUUUGUUUUUCUUUCAGUCUUUGAAUAAUUUCUGCAGCCAAAUUGGAGACAACCGCCCUAUCUCCUAUUGCAACUUCAGCCCCAACUCCAAGCUCCUGGCUACAGCUUGCUGGUAAACUUUGUUCUGCUUUUCAUUAUGUCCCUUCCAAUCCUGCUAAGUUCUCCUAUAGUGCACAGGAGAGGCUGCCUGAGCUGUUGGGGGCAGUCAUAGAAUCAUAAAAUUGUAGAGCUGGAAAGGAUCCCGAAAGUCAUCUUGUCCAACGCCCUGCAAUUAGCAAGCUCUGGAAGGCUAUUGUGGGAGUAGUUUUUAGAAUGUGAUAGUUCUGUGGGUGCAUUUUAUCAUUUUGUUGAAGGUUGUUUUUAGACUUGCUAUCUUCUGUUUUGUUUUUAGACUUGUUAUCUUGCAACUGAAUUUUGCUUGGUUUUUAUAUGUGUUUGGGUUUUUUUUACUCUCUUAGCUUCCUUGAUUGCUUUUGUUUGAUUGGUUUUGUUUGUAAAACAGAAAGACAAGGGAUAGAAAACAUUUUAAGAUAAAAUAAAAUGCCAGUCAGUUUUCCUUCUGCCUUUCCUCUCCCAGGAGUGGCCUCUGUAAACUGUGGUCAGUGCCGGAUUGUAAUCUCAUCCACACUUUGCGAGGUAUAGUAUCUGACUCCCACCGCACCCAUUGCCAAAGCAGCCUGCUUUUCUCUUAUCUUCCCUCAAAUGACUGGAGCAAUUACCGUAUAUGGCUGAUUAGGAGCAUAAGGCUACAUGGGUGGGAGGCUAUGAAUUUUGAGAGUGGUGCUGUGCAAACUUCUUCCUUUAUUUGUUUGUCCACCUUGGGCUUGGGUGAGAUGGCAUUCCUUUCUGGAAGACAGCCUGGACUCUAAUAAUCAGUGUUGGGAGUCAUAUCCUAUAGGUCCACUGCUUAGCUGCUGACUAAUUCAGAGCAUGGGAACGUCAGACCCGUGGGCCACAUGUGGCCCUCACAGCCUCUCUGGCCCUUGGGGCUCUCUUCAAACUGCACCAACCCUGCUUGUCACCCUCCUUUAGUGUUUUUACUUGGGUGGAAUGUGGCCUUGAAUUCUGAUCAGGCCUGGAAGGAGACUAGAAAUGGGAGUGUGAAGGCAGGUAGCCUACUAUACAAAGGGAAAAGCUGCAUUUGUUGCUCCACCUUCUUUUGCUUUUGGCCCCUCCCACUAUUGGCAUGCAGCCAUCCUCCAUUCAGGCCAGCCAAAGUCAUUUUCAGAAUUCAAGGAUGCAAUCCGGGCUGGCAGAAGACACUCAAGAAGGGCGUGAAGCAGGGACAGUGAAGUGUGUGGCCUGAGGGGAAAGAGUGAAUUAGUGUGGGGAGAGUGCCAAGGACCAAAGUGGAAGGCCUUGAGAGCCACAUUUGGCUUACAGGGCCAAGGUUCCCCACCCCGGCUUUAGCACAAAAACUAAAUUUGAAGUGAUUCCCAGUCAAAGAGUCUCUUCGGAGCAAUAGGAAGAUGCCCAGACUCAGACAGAGGAAGUAAGCUUAAAAUUGGCUGGCUCUCAAACUGUCUGUCUGUCUCGUCUGUUCCCAAGGGCACAACACCAACAUUGGAGCCAUUGUCUUUCACCCCAAGGCAACCAUCUUCCUGGACAAGAAGGACGUCAACCUGGCUUCAUGCGCAGCAGAUGGCUCUGUCAAACUUUGGAGUCUUGAAAGGUAUGCCUGGGCCCAGGAAAAUCAGUUGCCUUCCCUUCCUUAUUUUAUUGGCUGCUGCGGGUGGUAGAGAAAAAUAUUAAAGAAUGGCUUCCUGUUUAACCUCCUUCUGCAACAAACAAAAAGCUAACACAAGUGAUUGAGGCAGGGGCAUGACCACACCAUACUUUUAAAGCACAUGGCUCCCCCCAAAGAAUCCUGGGAGCUGUAGUUUGUUAAAAGUGCUGGGAAUUAUAGUCCUGUGAGGGUGAACUAUAGUUCCCAGAGUUAUUUUGCUGUGGGUGCUUUUGGGGGCCUGAUCCAGCAGUGCUCCUCUCUCCUUAUAAUGAGGCUUCUUUUCUGUGUUACUGUUUCUAAAGCUUUAUAGAGACACGAGUUUGCUUGGCUUAUUGGUUGUGCCCCCCUGGCCCAAACUGUGAGGUGGGGGGUUCCCACUUCUCCCCCAUGUCAUACUUGUAUUACUUUUUACACCUCUUGUCUUGCUAUGUCCCCAGAUAGGCUUCAUUUGUUCCAACAGUCAAGGCACUGUGACUCUUGGGGAAGGCAGUUGAUUCUGUCAGUGCGUUAUCCAAGGAAACAGAGAGAGAGCAGAUUCUUUAAUUGGGCCUCAGGGAAGAGGUUUAUUUCUGUCAGAUACUGUUGCUGUGGGCCAAAGCAUCAGUGUUGGUAAAUUCUCACUCCUUCUCUCAGUCUUGGGUGCCUGUGAGGUCAUAGAAUCAUAGAAUUGUCAAGUUGGAAGGGACCACAAGGGUCAUUGAAUCCAACCCCCUGCAAUGCAGGAAUCUUUUGCUCAAACUCAUAUUUAGUGAUAGAUUUUUUCCCACCUGUUGAACUCGAGACCCUCUUUUGCAACAGUAAGGGACCUGUGGCCCAUGGGCCUGACUGGGCCUGGCAGGGAACCCGAUAUGGCCCAUGGGGCCAUUUUUGCCAAGCCACACCUGCCCCACCCCUGACAUCUUGUAUAACAUGGGGCAGGUAAAGACACGGCCGCAAAAGGAACAAGUAGAAGAGCUUUAAAACAUGUUCUGGGGCCAUUCUGUGGCUUGUUAUAUUGAUGUCAAAUUCAAACCCCACUGGGCUAGGCUUCCUUCUGGAGUUCCCUGAGUUCCUUCACCUUUUGUUUAAGAAAGUCAGGGUUGCGUGUACAGGACUGGAUCAUUCCAGCAACAAGGGGGCUCAAUCAAACUGAAGAGAGCAGCUACAGUAAGUGGAGCUGGUCUAGUAACUCUUAUACUUGAGGAAGUAUUAGGACUUCCUCCUGCCAAUGAGGUUACUGGUUCACUAUCCAGUCGCUUUCUUUUGGAACACAGGGUUGUAGACCCAUUGAAAUGCAUGGACAUGCAUUAAUUUCACGGGGUCUACUCUGAAAUGAACUGAAUUGAAUACAACCCCAUAGGAAGCUGCUUUAUAGCAAGCCAGACUAAUUGCCUCUCAAGGCCACUGUUGCCUGCUCUAACAGGCAGUGGCUCUCCACAGUUUCAGGUGGGAGGAUUUCCCAGCCGUACUUGGAGACACCAGGGAUUGAAUCUGGGAUUCUUUUGCCUGCAGAGUGUGUCUACCACUGAGCCACAACUGCUCUGCUUGGGCAGGCAGGGUUUUCCCUUCUGUUCCGAACGCCCUUGGAUUACUUUAAUAUUUGUACUUUGCAGCCCUGGGAACAAUGGUGAGUAGCCUACAUGAAGCAUCCCAAGCUGCCUGUGUAUUCUUGCAGCCAGUCAGAGACAGCAUUGUUUGUUUCCUUGUGAACUAGUUUUCAAAGACCCAUCACAACAUAUUUUAGGCUUGAAAGGCAGCAAGCAGUGUACAAAUCUUAUACAGUAGUGUACUAUGACUAAGCUGUUAAUAAAGUCAUUGGAUAAAGCCAAGCUAGUCUGUGAAUCUUUCAAUAACAACUGAAACAUUUUUCUCUUCUGGGCACCCUUCAGGGGGGUCACUUACCAGUGGUGGGUGGAGUAACUACUGUAAAUUUUACCUUCACACAGCAGAUUAGUUUCUGUACACACACACCCCUCUGUCCUCCAGCCAGCCAGCUGGAUCCACCCAUCGCACCUUCCUUUCUCCUAUUCUGUAUUGCUGCCUCUUUAUUUUAGUCUCUGUUAUGGGACAGUCAGCAUCAUCAAGAAUUUGCCGUGAGAUGUUGUGUUUCUUUCAGUGAUGAACCAGUGGCUGACAUCGAGGGACACACAGCGAGAGUAGCCCGGGUGGCAUGGCAUCCCUCUGGCAGGUUUCUGGGCACCACCUGGUAAGUCAGAGGAGGGGGUGCAGCCCAAAGGGCCACACAUGGCACCUGGUCUAAUUUCUUGUGGGUAGCAAGGAGGUGAAUAAAUAGGGAAAUGAUGUAAUGGAGAAAGAGGAAGAGCAGAGAGCAGCAGAAAGAAAAGGAAGAAAAGAGAGUUCCUUCCAUUGUUAGUAGUCUCACCACCACUGGCAAUGCCACCACCAUGGGUUACCUUCGAAAUAAUUCUGCCCUCGAUAGAAAAACAGCUGUUGUCAUCCCCUUGUGAUAUGUUACUUCUUUCCACUCAGCCCAGCACUCAUUACACAAGACUGGAAAGUGAGAGGUUGGAAUGGGAGGAAGCUGCAGUUGAAGAUCCCAAUACUGAGCAGAGAAUUGAAUUAUGUGUCCUAAAUGCUACACAUAUCCCUGUAUCAGUUGGCUGAUCGUCUAAGUUUGUGGGGGCCAGGGGCAGAUUAGAUUAAUUCCAUGGUCUUAGCUUGUAGUGGAGAUCAGGAUAGACAAUCCAGCCACCUGCUUGAACUUCGGGGGGGGGGGGACCUGUUGGGGCCUUGUGAGAUAUUCACAUGAGUCUUUGUCUCUUCUCCACCUCCCCCCCUGCAGCUAUGACCACUCUUGGCGCCUGUGGGACCUGGAGGCUCAGGAGGAAAUCUUGCACCAGGAGGGGCACAGCAAAGGAGUUUACGACAUCACCUUCCAUGUUGACGGCUCCCUUUCUGCCACUGGGUAAAUCUACAUGCAUGUGCAAGUCCUAACCCUCCCUGGGGGUGUCACUGAGCAAGUAUCAGCCAGUCAGUAAUGAUGCUCAUUCUUACUAGUUCUAAAAUGCCAGAAAAGAGAGAGAACUGGUUGGGAUUCUACCUUCAGAAGAUCCCACUCAAGUCUUCACUCCUGGAGCUAAAAAGUCACAGGGUGGAAAUUCUAAUGAGGGAGGGGCCAUAGCUUCGAUAAGAGCGUCUGCUCUGCGUGGAGAAAGUCACAGCUUCAAUCCCCAAUGGUUAUCUUCCUAUCUAUAAUCCUGGAGAGCAGCUGCCAGUCAGUGUAGACACUACUGAAUUAGAUGGACCAAUGUUCUGACUCAUUUCUAGGAAACUUCCUUUGUUCCUAAUAGCUUGACUGUAUUCCUGAGUUUAUACUACUCAUUAAAAUAAAAGUUUCAACUUUUUAGGGCAGUAUUAAGAUUUGCCCCAUCAUUGUUCUUAAUCUGCAAAUUCUGAUCUGGGGAGCUCUUGCUUUAGCUUGUUUGUAAUUGAGUCGAUCCUUCAUUGUCACGUAACUAUGCUUUGGAACUCCCUGCCUAUUGACAUUAAGCAAGCUAUAUAUUUGUAUGCACCUGCUGAAUCCUUUUUUUUUUUUUUUUGGCUUGACAAGCCUACCCAGGUGCAUAAUUUAGUUACUUUGUUUUUAAAGUUCUACUUAUUUUUAUGCGUGUUUAUAAUGCCAAUGGCUUUUAUGUAUAUUUGCUUUUUAAUUGUUCUGUAGAUUUUAGCUAUGUUUCACGUUCAGUUUUUGUACUCCUCUUAGAUAACUUUUUGAUUUAAGUGCAUUAUAAAUAUUCUAAAUCUAUGCAAACAAAGUGUGCUAAUUAGACUUUGCUACAUGUGAUUUGCCAGGUAGGUCAGAUCUGGGUCCUGCUUGCAAAACCUUGGAUCUGCAGACAGGAGGUGGUAGUAACAUGGGAGGCAAUCCGAGCUGCAUUGCAGCAAGGCUUUGCUCCAAUUUAACAACUGUGGGUCUCAGAAGCUCCUUUGGCUCCUGUUUAGUGAUGUUAAGAGGUAUCCAGCCUAGGUGACAACUAAAGAGGAAAGAAGAUCCAAAGAUGGCUUUAAGUGAUGCCCCUUAUUCAGAGUGGAAGCAUGGGAAGGGGUUUGUGUGAGAAAGAGAUUGUUUGACAUUUUUCUCUUCCUUUCAGUGGCCUUGAUGCAUUUGGCCGCGUGUGGGAUCUGCGCACAGGGCGUUGUAUCAUGUUUUUGGAGGGUCAUCUCAAGGAGAUCUAUGGGAUCAACUUUUCCCCUAACGGGUAAGAACCAAUUUGCCAUCCCCUCUUGGGGUGCAGGUCUUAAUAUUGACACACAGACAACUAACUUCUGCUCGGAGUAGAUUAAUUGAAAUUAAUGGAACUAAUUUAGUCUGCAUGCACACUAUACAUUCAAAGCACAUUUCCCACCCCAAAUCAUCCUGGGAACUUUAGUUUCCCCCUCACAGAGCUUAUAAUUCCCUAUGCCCUUAGUAAACUACAGUUCCCAGGAUUCUUUGGCAGAAGCUGUGUGCUUUAAAUGUAUGAUGGGUACAUAGCCUUCCCCCCUCCUCCAAUAUAUUUUAUUAAAGCUUUUUCAUAAUCAUGUAGGAUUAUGAAUAGGGCUGAAAUUGGGAACAACCCCCUUGCACGCAAACCCGAAUUCCUCCUCUUCCGUACUUCUCAUAGGUACCACAUUGCCACUGGAAGCGGCGACAACACCUGUAAAGUGUGGGAUCUCCGCCAGAGAAAGUGCAUCUACACCAUCCCUGCCCAUCAGAACCUGGUGACCGGAGUGAAGUUUGAACGUAAGUCUCUGCAGCUGCUAUGGCCUUUCCCCAGAAACUGAGGAUAUAUAAUGGGUUGAAAAGUACCUUGUCUGUGGUUUCCAUGUGCAACAUAGAUUCCCAAGACUUGGAUAUAUACCGCUCCCCACCCUCCCCAAAUAUACUGGCUCUUGAGAAUAGCCUGUAUGCUCUGUCACUCACCCUCCCUCUUCCUGCAUCCCCCGUUCCCUGCUUAUGGUUGGCUUUUGGGUAAGGUUUUGGGGAAACUGGUAGCACUCUGGAAGUUGUUGGACUCCCAGCUCCCAUCAGCCCCAGCCAGCAUAGCUAAUGGUCAUGGAUGAUGGGAGUUGUAGUUCCUCACCCCUGCUGUAAGUGGUGAAUCUCUAUAUUGCCUCCUUAGUCCUCCUCCCCACUUCCUGUUAUUUUUCUCUUUCCGCCACCCAGCAAAUCAUGGCAACUUCCUGCUUACUGGAUCUUACGACAGCACAGCCAAGGUCUGGACGCACCCAGGCUCAUCCCCGCUGAAAACCUUGGCAGGACACGAGGGCAAAGUCAUGGGCUUGGACAUCUCCCUGGACGGGCAGCUGAUCGCCACAUGCUCUUAUGACAGGACUUUCAAGCUUUGGAUGGCAGAGUAGGGGGAAGGAGCAUUUCUGCCGGAUUGGCCCUGCCCAGCUCCCGCAGCCAAGGAAGGCAGCCUGCUGUGACUCCCUGGGCCUCCGCCACAGAUCAGGGCAUGGUUUGAUGCGCUUCUGGGAUACUGCCUCCUCCUAACACAUGCACACACCCUCUGGUCAGGCCAAGCUGAGUUUGAGAACGCCUUUCCUAUUGCAUUUUGCUUUAGUUGUGUACUCUCCCCUCCCUUCCCUGUGGAAUGGGCUUGCAUUGAUCCAGCACUACCAACCUUUAGGAAUACCCAGGGUGCUAACAGAGCUGGUAGAGUGGGUUGUUCUGGUUGUUAUUUGGGAGUGGGGUCACAGCUUCUUCUCACUCGGACAGAGACUUUUCUUGAAAAACGACACCCUAACAUUAAAGCAGAGUGGCUGCUUGAAAAUGGUGAA